GCUACCAAAGCUCACAUAAAGCUCAACACUAAGAAGCUUUACCAGGCAGAUGGCUAUGCAGUGAAGGAACUGCUAAAGGUCACCUCUGUGCUUUGUGGUGCUAUGAAUACUAAGGGAGUGGAGCGUGCAGAUGUGAGUGAGGAAGACAGCAGCAAGUUCAAGUUUGAUCUUGGCUCAAAAAUUGCUGACUUGAAGGCAGCUAGACAGCUUGCUUCUGAAAUUACCUCCAAAGGAGCGAGUCUAUAUGACUUACUUGGCAAAGAAGUUGAACUAAGGGAAGCAAGAACAGAAUCUAUUGCCAGACCUUUGGAGAUAAAUGAGGCUGAGAAGAUGAUGAAAAUUGCCAUUGACUGUGUUCUGGAACAAGUCCAAAAGACUAAAGACAUGUUGAAUAAUGUGGCUUUGGAUGAAGCCAAUUUGGAAGCCAAGAUUGAAAAACGAAAAUUGGAACUGGAAAGAAGCCAGAAGAGGCUACAGACUCUACAAAGUGUUCG